AUGCAAGUUAUAAUGUAAGGAGCUGCAAGAGCGUUUCACUCAGCUGCCACAAGAGGGGUGGAGAGCACACAGUGUUGUCUGUUGCUAUAGCUACGACUGUGAGUUGUUGAACCAGCCGGCCUGGACACUGUCACUCUGUGGUGGAAGUUGAUUUAAAGUGGACCAGAACAUGAGCUCAGAACUGAAGCUGUUUGACUGCACCGCGGUGUCGGCGGCAUUGGAGCAUUUUCUAGAAAUCGAGAAACGGCUGAGAUCAGAAGAACUGGCAAUUGAUGAAGAAGCUUCACAGCAUCUGACUGGCAUCGCUGAAGCCCUAAAGGAAUUGGAAAAUGCUAGAAGGGCUACACGUGAGCGUCUGGAAGAAGAAACAAUAAAGACCAGCAAAUUGCGGUACAGAAUGCAACACCUCCCAAGAAUAAUAACAAAGGAGAUAGAAGAGGCAGUUUUAAGUGCACGACUAUUGAAUGCAUCAGAGCUACAGCAGCUGCAAAGUGAGUUAACAAACAAAAUACUGGAUCUGGAACAUGCUGCUUGGAGACAAACUGAGCUUGAAGAAAGGAAUUUGUCCCUUAGUCAGCAGGGUAAAAUAAUGGGGGAGGCGUACCAACAAGCCGUUGAUAUACUUAACCAGCAGAUGGCAGAGAAGGCUCACCUAAACAUUGUAGUAAAUAAUACUCACGUGAAAUGUAAAGAAGCCCAAGAUGCAGUUAUUGAAUACAAAAACCGAACUGAAGACCUGGCAGAAGACAUGAUAACUGAAAGAGAAAUAUUUUUGGAGGAGAAAAGCCACUUGAUUGAUGAGAUUGAAGAGACAGAGAUAAAAAUAAGGAUCCAAGAAGAACAAAACAAUGAAAAAAACAAAAUUUAUGUCCGCCUGACCUCCGUGCUAUUUAAAGAGGAGGAAAAGAUAAGCAAGGAAAAAGAGAUUAUUCUUGGCAUAAAAGAUGAGAUAUUACUUUUACAAGCCUUGCACGCCCGACUAACAGAAAAGCUGGAUGCCAAGAGACAGGAGUCCCAGAAUCUGGCACAGAAAAUACAUGAUUUUAAAAUAUGCAUUGAAGAAAUGAAAGACAAUUACACAAAAGAAAGGAAAUCGCUGAAUGAAAAGAUAUCCGAGCUGGUUGAAGAGAUGGAUAAGGUGGAAAAACUGCAUCAGACACUGACAGAAUCCCAUAAACAACUGAUAGAAGAAAACCAGGCUGCUAGAGAAAGCGAGGACAAAGAAUUUGCAAAAAAACAGGACUCCGCAAAACAACUUGAACAAAUAAGAGCUGUCCUCAGUGAAAAGAUGGAACUGUAUGGAAAACUCAAAAAGGAGAUUAGAAUUAUGGGACUGGAAACUCAAAGGCAACUGGAAAAUGGCAGAAUUCGUACAGAGCAACUUGCAGCUCAAGUUGAGGAGUCUAAGGAGACACUUACAAAAGAAACACAGAUAAGGAAGACGCUUCAAGUUAAGAGAGAAGAAGUAUCAAAAGACCUAGAACUCUGGAAGGUCGCUGAAGAAACCUUUAUAAAUCAGCUGAGAGAACGAAUUACAAAUGGCCAAAAAAAUCUUGCUGCCCUAACUGAAGAGGACAGCCAUCUUCUAAAAAUCAUAGAGCAGUGGGAUAACCAGAUCCACACCCUGACUGAAGAGAUUGUUAAAGUGAAAGAGGCCUAUUCAGACAUGGAAAGAGAGUUAACAGCAGAGAUAGACACACUACAGGGAAAGUUGACUGUUUUAAGUGGAAAUCUUGAAGGAGAGUCUGAAAAAUUGGCAAGUAAAGCUGACCUCCUGAAGGAAGCAGAAGAGAAAUACAGCAUAGAGCAGAAUAAUUAUGAGCAACUGAAAAAUGAAGCUGUGGAACUGAAAAACCAGCAGAGGUCACUAGAGUUGUCAAUGAAAAGAAUUCUCAAGGAUGUAGAAAUGAAGUUAGAACUGAAGGCAACAAAGGAAACUGCAUUGAAAAACCUACGCAAUGGUUUAUUUGAAGAACUGCAAAGUAAUCUUGAGAAAAUGCUGCUAAUUGAAAAGGAUAUCUAUGAAGUGAACAGAAAACUGGAGCUUGUCACUAUAGAGAAUUGCCGCCUGAAAUUAUGUUGUGCGCAACUCAAAGAAGAUAUUGAUAAAUCAGUAAUGGAAGCAAAUGCACACAUGUCAACUAUACUACAGAUACAGGGCAAUUUGGCAGUUCUGAUUGAGCAACUCCACGAAGGAUGGGAGAAGGAUAACUAUGUAUGCAAAGAUUUUUCAGAUCGAGAUGAAUCAAUAUUAGAUGCUCUUGUACAGCUCAUUAAAAAAAUUAAUUGUCGAGCAGAGAAAAUGGAUUUUCUUAAAGGCAAGCUGCAGGAAAAAUUUAAUGGACUGGCUGCCCUUCUGGAUAGCAAAGAAAGUCAUUCUUCAUCUAUCAUUGCUCACUGACUUGGAACAGGACCCUGGAUCUUUUCACUGAUUUUAUUCUCUGAUGACACAAACAAAACAUAGUUAUGAACAUUAAAAAAAAACAGGUUCCUUUCUCUCGUUUCUUUGUAUUCAAGAAACAAUUAAAAAAUAAA